AUGGUUACCCCCUUUUUGCGCAUGGCUGCCAUUGCGGCGUCCGCCACCUUCUCCGCUCAUCAAAGCUGCCAUGGAACGGAUCUGACAUUUGACAUCAAUCGGGACGAAGUGUUGAUGGAGUCCAAAACUAAUGGCACUAUGCAGUCCGGGGCCAAUCUACCGCUGCUGUCAAAUAGUAGUACUCGUGCUAUUACUCUCGAGUCCCUACGCACCGUCGCGGCCGACCAUGUUCGCUACGUGUCCGUGGUUCCCCUAUUCUCGUCUAGCGGUUCCUUGGAUCGAUCCACUCGUCAUUAA